CAAAGAGCUCCAGGGAAGGUUUUGCAUGAUGCUGUUUGCAGCCACUUGAAUCUUGUUGAAGGCGACUAUUUUGGCCUUGAAUUUCCAGAUCAUAAAAAGAUUAUGGUGUGGCUCGAUCUUUUAAAGCCUGUUAUGAAACAGAUUAGAAGACCGAAGCACGUUGUUGUAAAAUUUGUGGUAAAAUUCUUCCCACCUGACCACGCUCAGCUGCAGGAGGAACUGACAAGGUACCUAUUUGCAUUGCAAGUGAAGCAGGACCUGGCACAGGGAAGGCUAACGUGUAAUGAUACCAGCACUGCCCUCUUAAUCUCGCACAUCGUACAAUCUGAGAUCGGGGAUUUUGAUGAAAACAUAGAUCGUGAACACUUAGCGAAGAACAAAUAUAUACCUCAACAAGAAGCACUAGAAGACAAAAUCAUGGAAUUUCAUCGUAACCACACGGGACAGACACCAGCAGAGUCUGACUUCCAGCUUCUGGAGAUUGCCCGUCGACUGGAGAUGUAUGGAAUACGCUUGCAUCCAGCCAAGGACAGGGAAGGGACAAAAAUCAACCUGGCUGUUGCCAACACAGGCAUUCUGGUUUUUCAG